GCCAGGCAGGCCCUCAGUUUUUGCAAGUCAGAGGACAACAUCUGCAACAAUUUGGUCUAAAUGUUGGUUCAAAAGGAAUGAUAAAAAUAAGAGGUCCAAAGGAAAGAAAAUUGUUUGUUACUUGUGCAAAAGAAAAGGACAUUUCACUAAUGAGUGUAAUUCUAGGAAAUAUCUGGGGUUUCUCUUUCAAGAUGAUAGAACCUAGUCUGGAAACAGUUGACUAUGCUGGAGGAUGUGAUAAAGAGGGAUUUAGCAGGAUACAGAUAGGUUUGAGCCCAAGAGAAAGGGUGUUGAGACCUGACUCAGACUAUAAAAUUUUGCAAAAUGAUAAUAGCCACUUUAAACAAUGUGAUAGUGGUAUCAGAGGAAAAGAUAGAUUUAAUAGUAGCUAUAUUGAAAAGAGUAUUAAGAGCAUCUACAUAUUGCAAGUGCUUUGGCAUCAGUUGCAAGAAAAACAGGACCCUCUUCCAGUAGUAGUGAUUGAGAAGUAUAUUGACUUUCCCCAUCCAGUAUUAGUAGGAUGUUAUGGAUACAAGAUUUAG